AUGCGCUCACCUCCUCAUUCCUCCCCCUCCUUCCCCAUCCCACCUCACCUCUUUGCUCCCAUAUCCCACCCCCACCAGGAAGACGGCUUCCGGCCUGGGCUGGUGGGAGGGCUGCUGGCCCAGGAGCGAGUGCUGGCGAUAGUGGCAGGGCGGUACUUCACACUCGCCAUCACGCAGCACGGCCGCCUCUUCACCUGGGGCGCCAACCUCUACACCGGCAACGCCCCCUGGCGCCACGAGCACGACUCUGGCUUCGAUGACGAUACCGAUGCUGCUGCUGAUGAAUCGUGGCUGGGAGUGGCGCCUGGGGUUCCCCUGGACCGCCCUUCUGCUGUGCGCGUGCCCCCGCAUCUGGGCUCCCAUCCUGGUGGAGGGGAGGAGGGGAGGGCGGCAGGGCCGGAGGUGCGGUCGGUGAAAGCAGCGCACCACACGACGUUUGCAGUGACGGCGGACUACAAGGCCGUGUCGUGGGGCGAGGCGGGGCCGCUGCUGGGACGCGCAUGGGGGGAGGGCCAGGGUCAGGUGCCCGUGAAUCGGCUGGGGGUUGUGGGGAGCGGAGGAGGAGGAGGAGGGGCAGUGGGAGGGGAGGGGGUGGUUGGGUUGGAUCCGCAGACGGUGGAGAAGGUGUCGGUUGGGGAGGGCUUUGCUGUGGCGAGGCUGAGCCAUGGCAUGGUGUACUCGUGGGGCGACAACCAGCACGGGCAGCUAGGCCGCCCAGCGCCCCCUCAGGACGGCACCCCGGCGCUAGUGCAGGGGCUGGAGCACCUGGAGGUGCUGCUGGUGGUGGCGGGGUCGCAGCAGGGCCUGGUGCUGUGCCGCGCACUGCAGGGCUCUGAAGCCGCCCUGGAGCCCCAGGAGUUUGACAACACACGCGUUCUCAAUGAGGAGCAUGUGUCACCCGCAACGCUGCAUGAUCCCGAUGCCACUGCUCCUGCAGCUUCUGUUCCUGUGCCUGGUGCUGCUCGUGCUGUUGUUGGUGCUGGUGGUGCUGCUGGUGUCGGGGGAGGGGCGUCAGCGGAGGAGCAGGGGGGCACGGGCGGUGAGGGGGCAGUGGCGCGGGACAUGUGGAUGAAGUUAGGGGAGGAGUUCAAGAUGCUGCCCCGGCAGGGCAUGGACAGCAGCAUGCGGAAUCCGUGCUGGCGCGUGCAGGCAGGGAGUGUGGGGAGUGCGGGGAGUGGGGGCAAUGAGGGAGCGGCAGGACCUGAGGUGCACUGCCUGCCGCACUUCUUCAUCAUUGGUGCCACCAGGGCGGGCACACAGGACCUGUACCGCAAGCUCACGUCCUCCAUCAUGCCUGCUCUGUCCUUCGCUUCCUCCCCCCCCCCCUGUCGCACAUGCCUAUCCCGCCCACCAUUCCAGGGCGGGCACGCAGGACCUGUACCGCAAGCUGACCUCCUCCAUCAUCCCGGGCAUAUUCCCAGCCGCCAUCCCCAACCCCUAGUGCUCAAUCGCAGUCCUCUAUAUCGUCCUCCCUUUUCUGCUUCCCUGCCUCUCGUCCUCUCCCCUCCUGCCACACAACAACCACCAUCCUCAUCUCCCCACAGCCACUCCCCUCCCUCCCCUCCUCUCAUCCUCCUCAACUUCAACCCUCUCAAGAACCCCU